UGCAUGUUUACCCAGUCAGAAGUGAGGCGUCUGAGUGCCAAGGACUUGUUAGUGAGGACUGGAAAGAGACAAACAGCGACCGCUGGCCUUAGGGUGGCCUCGCACCCGGUAACAGCCAACGUAGUGGGUGCCAAACGUGGUACUUUUGCGGGCACGCCGAGAUUCUUUCCAGAGCUUGUUAACGGUGCUAGGCGAGGCAACGGCGCUGUAUCAACAGGCAUUGGUUUCUCCGUUUGGGAUACCCCUCAAAAUACCCGGAUCUUGAUGGAGAAGCCCAGCAGCAGUCGCGUGAGGGAGAUAUGGAUCCACAUUCGGAACAAAAGAAUAGAGAGCUCUGGGUCCAAAAAAGCAACCCCUUAUCGCUCUGGGGCAGGCACAUUCAGGGACGUGUAG